CAAGGGCAGCGGAAGCAGGGGCGACCAUUGUUGUGGUUCUAGCAAAGCGAUCGGAGCGAUUUGUCGACCGCGCAGCCAGGAUCAUGCCGGCGGGGAAGACUUUCCGAAGGAGGAAGGCGGACUCCGAGGAGGAAGACGAGGACGAGCAGAUCACCGAGGAGGUUCGAUUAAAACUGGAGGAAGCAAAAGAAGUACAGAAUCUCAGGAGAAGACCAAAUGGGGUGAGUGCUGCUGCUUUACUCGUGGGGGAGAAAUUACAAGAAGAGACGACGCUGGUGGAUGAUCCCUUUAAGAUAAAGACUGGUGGAAUGGUGGACAUGAAGAAACUGAAAGAACGAGGCAAGGAAAGGAUCAGUGAGGAGGAAGACCUGAACCUUGGGACCUCUUUUUCGGCAGAGACCAACAGGAGGGAUGAAGAUGCUGACAUGAUGAAAUACAUUGAAACGGAGCUGAAGAAGAGAAAGGGGAUCGUGGAGAAUGAAGAGCAGAAAGUGAAGCAGAAGAACGCGGAAGACUGCUUGUACGAGCUCCCCGAGAGCAUCCGGGUCUCUUCGGCCAAGAAGACAGAGGAGAUGCUGUCCAAUCAGAUGUUGAGCGGGAUUCCGGAGGUGGAUCUGGGAAUUGAAGCAAAGAUCAAAAACAUUAUCUCCACUGAGGAGGCCAAGGCACGUCUGUUGGCUGAGCAGCAGAAUAAAAAGAAAGACAGUGAAACCUCCUUCGUUCCCACAAACAUGGCCGUGAAUUACGUCCAACACAACAGAUUUUAUCACGAAGAGCUGCAUGCACCGGUAAGAAGAAACAAAGAGGAACCUAAAGCCCGUCCCCUGAGAGUGGGCGAUACGGAAAAACCGGAACCUGAGAAUUCUCCUCAGAACCGCAAGCGUCCGCCAAAUGAGAAAGCAACAGAUGACUAUCACUAUGAGAAAUUCAAGAAGAUGAACAGGCGCUAUUAAAGCCGGCUUGUCAGAAUGACAUAGAAAUUGCCUGGAUGUUCCCUGUUUGCAUUGGCCAGAGAACGAAGUGUAAAUACGCCGUGAAAGCUGGGAUAUUUUUCAUUUCUUGCAGGUGUUGGUUUUGCCCCUGACGUAGAACUUAAGUGUACCGUGAUUGCUGACUCUUCCAUGUUGUCACGUGCUUCUUUUUCAGUUAUAAAAUGUUAUAUUUUAAAUAAAACUGGCUUGGAGUA